CCACAAUUAUGUGUUCUUCUGAAUAUUAUGGAGUUUAUGAUGCCUGGGCGUGAUUCUUUCUGUUUGAGAGCACCUACCAGCCUCAAAAGACUCAACAUGAACCGUUUGUGUUUCUCUAGUGUCCCAACUAGCCCUACUACAAGCCCUUUGAAAUCUUUCUAUGAUGUUGAAACCGAGCCAACCACACCACUUUCCUAUGGAGAUGCAAAUUCUGGUUUCAUUGACUUCGAGUUUGAUACCAGUUGUCGUUUCAAGCUCGCCGAUGAUGAGUUCGAAACGAGCCCAACUUUCGAGAUGCCAUGCAUGCAACAAGAGCAGCAGCAGCAUUGCCAAGGGUCAUCACUUCCUGCCAUGGCAUUUGCUGAUGAAUUGUUUUGUAAUGGGAAAGUGAUGCCUCUAAAGCCUCCUCCUCGCCUGCAAUAUGGUAAUAGUGUUGAAAAUAGCUCAACUUUGUCUUCACCAAGGUCCCCAAGUGGGAGGCUCAAAUUCCCAUUUCAACUUAGGAGCUUGUGGAAUGAUGAUUUUGAUCCUUUCAUGGUGGCCUUGGAGACUGUCAAGCGAGAAGAGAGACAGAAAACUCGUAGACGUGCUCGCUCUAUGUCACCGCUGCGAGCCAGGAGCCCAAAAAAGCACGCUAAUUGCUCAAUUAGCUCCAAAAAUCAUCAGGGCAUCAAACAACUAAGACCAAAUUUAGAUGGGGAAAUGGAGCUCAAUCAGAAAGGGAAUAUGGGUCGUCAAGAACAGGGAAGAUCCAUAAGGCUGGCCGAGCCCAAAGGAGUAUUAUUUUCUCGACAAGCCAGGAUUGUGAAAAUGGGCCAACAAAAACUGGGAAAGCCCAGUUUCAGAAAUGGGCCUGAACCUGGGGAGACCAAAGAGGGCAAUAAAGAAGGUGAAGGGGCAAGUACAAGGGGAUCAAAGAGGCCAAAAAUUAAGAAAUUUCUACUCAAGAGUGCAUCCAUGGGAAGAACAAGCAAUGAAGAGAAGCAAAAAGAUGAAAGUGCAACAUUGCCCAAGAGAAUUUACACAAGGAUAUUCAGCUUUAAGUCCAUGAAAUCAGGCCAAUACAAUGAAGAGGAAAGGGUGUCUGAAAUGACCAAAAUGACAACAAUCCAACACAGGCCUAAGCUCUUUCUUUGCAUGGGUCAUGGGACAAGUUAUGCCGAUUAACACAUUUGGCGCAUAAUCAAAGACAUCAUUUUGUGUGUGCUUCUUCACAAUUUUAUCAUAGCCUUUGUAUUAAGUUUAUCAAAUAUAAAACUUGCGAUUGAAAUAAAGAUAGGCACAU